GUGAGUUGUGAUAUUGGAGAUGGAAGAUGGCGACUCGUCGAGCUAAUUUAUCCAAUUCAACACCAAUAGACUGGUUUUCUGAUGCUGGAAGAGAGCUUUUCGAAGCUUGCAGAAGUGGAGAUGUUUCUAGGGUUAAGAAACUUGUAACAUCUCAAAGUGUUAAUGCUCGAGACACUGCUGGAAGGAAGUCAACACCUCUUCACUUUGCAGCAGGGUUUGGCCGGAGAGAUGUUGUGGAGCACUUGCUUCAGAAUGGUGCCAACGUUCAUGCUCGAGAUGAUGGAGGUUUAAUUCCUCUCCAUAAUGCUUGUUCAUUUGGACAUGCUGAAGUGGUGCAACUUUUGCUAAAACAUGGUGCUGAUCCAAAUGCGAGGGAUAAUUGGAAUUAUACACCAUUACAUGAAGCAGCUAUCAAAGGCAAAGUAGAUGUUUGUAUUGUUCUUCUUCAACAUGGAGCAGAUCCUUCCAUCAGGAACACAGAUGGAAAAACUCCAUUAGAUUUGGCUGAACAAUCUGCUCGAGCAGUGUUGACAGGAGAGUACCGUAAAGAUGAACUUCUUGAAGCAUCUCGAAGUGGAAAUGAAGAAAAAUUGAUGUCCCUGCUUACUACAUUAAAUGUUAAUUGUCAUGCAAGUGAUGGAAGAAAGUCCACUCCUCUACACCUAGCAUCAGGGUACAACCGAAUUAGGAUUGUUCAACUACUCCUGCAGCAAGGAGCUGAUGUACAUGCAAAAGAUAAAGGUGGGUUAGUUCCAUUGCACAAUGCUUGUUCCUAUGGUCAUUUUGAGGUCACCGAAAUGCUUAUUAAGCAUGGAGCCAAUGUAAAUGCCAUGGAUCUGUGGCAAUUUACUCCCCUUCAUGAGGCAGCAUCGAAAUCUAGAACAGAAGUGUGUUCUUUGCUCUUGAGCCAUGGGGCUGACCCAACGAUGCUAAACUGCCAUUCUAAGAGUGCUGUUGAUGUAGCCCCAUCUCGAGAACUUCAAGAAAGACUCUCUUAUGAAUUCAAAGGUCACAAUUUACUAGAAGCUACUCGACAGUGUGAUCCGACUCGUGUGAAGAAGUACCUCUGUAGUGAAGUGGUCAACUUUAAACAUCCAUUCACAGGAGAUUCCCCUCUUCACUGUGCUGCCAGCUCUACUGCUCCUAAAAGAAAACAAGUAACUGAAGCUAUUCUAAGAAAAGGUGCUAACCCAAAUGACAAGAACAAAGAGUUUUUGACUCCUCUACAUAUCUCGGCAGACAAGUCUCACUUUGAUGUGAUGGAUGCAUUAUUAAAGCAUGGAGCUAAGGUUAAUGCUCUCGAUGGACUUGGCCAGUCGCCCCUUCAUCGCUGUGCACGUGAAGGAAAUGUUCAAGCUUGUCGAAUACUACUGUCUUAUGGUGUAGAUUCCUCUAUUGUCAGUCUUCAAGGGUACACUGCAGCUCAGGUUGCCACUGAAAGUGUUCAAAAGAUCUUGUCUGAUCCUCCUCCAGGAAGCACUGAUGCAGAGUAUCAGCUCCUUGAAGCAGCCAAGGCUGGAGAUAUAGAAAUAACAAAGCAAGUUCUACAGUCUCAACCACAUGUGGUGAACUGUCGAGAUGUGGAUGGCCGUCAGUCUACGCCACUACAUUUUGCUGCUGGUUAUAACAGAGUUGCUGUGGUAGAAUACCUGCUACUUCAUGGAGCUGAUGUACAUGCUAAAGACAAGGGAGGACUUGUACCAUUGCAUAAUGCAUGUUCAUAUGGUCAUUAUGAAGUUGCUGAGCUGUUAGUAAAGCAUGGAGCCAAUGUUAAUGUAGCUGAUCUUUGGAAAUACACACCUUUACAUGAAGCUUCAGCCAAAGGAAAAUAUGAAAUAGUCAAACUACUAUUAAAGCAUGGUGCUGAUCCUUCUAAAAAAAAUCGAGAAGGAAACACAGCCCUGGAGCUAGUUAAGGAAGGGGAUCAGGAUGUGGCUGACCUGUUGAAAGGUGAUGCAGCUUUACUAGAUGCAGCUAAAAAAGGUAACCUUGCUCGAGUGAUGAAGUUGGUCACACCACAGAAUAUUAACUGUCGAGAUUCACAGGGAAGAAACUCAACCCCUCUACAUCUAGCAGCUGGCUACAACAACUUUGAAGUCGCAGAGUUUCUGUUAGAAAAUGGGGCUGAUGUAAAUGCACAAGACAAAGGAGGACUCAUCCCUCUUCAUAAUGCUUCGUCUUAUGGGCAUUCGGACAUAGCAGCUCUUCUGAUAAAGUACAGCACUGUAGUAAAUGCCACCGACCGUUGGGGUUUUACCCCACUUCACGAAGCUGCCCAGAAAGGUCGAACUCCUCUGUGUGCACUGUUGUUAGCACAUGGAGCUGAUCCAUCAGUACAGAACCAUGAGGGACAGGCUCCACUAGACCUGGCCACUGCUGAAGACGUACGCUGUCUGCUUAUGGAUUCUAUGCCAGCUCAUGCGGUAACCCUUGCUCCUACUAGUAAAACACUUCCCUCAACAGGAAAUAUUUCUCCAGUUCCUGCUAAUGGGCUUCCAUCUCUCUCAUUGCCAUUCCCAUCUCUUCCACCUCUCCAACUCGAUGAAGAUAUCCCUCCUGCCAUCAACCUACUAAAGACCCAUAAGCCAUCUCCAACACAGCAUGGUGAUGGUUGUCUUGACAUUGACAGACUAGAAACCAGUGACACAAGUCAGCAGAGUAUGACUCUUAUUGCACUGCUCAGUAGUCUUGGUUUAGAAAUGCUCAGGGAUGUGUUUGAGAAGGAGCAGAUAACACUAGACAUUUUAGCAGAAAUGGGGCAUGAGGAACUGAAGCAGAUUGGAGUAAAUGCCUAUGGCCACAGGCACAAACUUAUCAAAGGAAUAGAAAAACUAUAUGCAGGACAUAGUUCAGUACCUAUACCCUCCACAUCAGGAACAAUCUUGGUGGACUUAACUACUCAUGAUCGAGAGUACAUGGCUGUUGAGGAAGAGAUGCAAAGAACUGUGUGUGAACACAGAGACAACAGUCAUGCAGGAGGGAUAUUUAGUCGAUAUAAUAUCAUUAAGAUUGAGAAAAUACGAAAUAGGAAGUUGUGGGAACGUUACUGUCACAGAAGACAAGAAGUCACUGAGGAAAAUCACAAUCAACCUAAUGAGAGGAUGUUGUUUCAUGGCUCUCCAUUCAUUAAUGCCAUUGUUCAGAAAGGUUUUGAUGAGAGACAUGCAUACAUUGGUGGGAUGUUUGGAGCAGGUAUUUACUUUGCUGAAAAUUCUUCUAAGAGUAACCAGUACGUCUAUGGCAUUGGAGGAGGAACAGGGUGUCCUGUACAUAAAGAUCGUUCGUGUUAUAUCUGUCACAGACAGCUGUUGUUGUGUCGAGUAACCUUGGGUAAGUCCUUUCUGCAGUUCAGUGCUAUGAAGAUGGCCCACGCUCCUCCUGGCCACCACUCUGUUGUCGGCCGACCCAGCGUUGGAGGUCUGUCUUACCCAGAAUAUGUAGUUUACAGAGGAGAACAGGCUUAUCCUGAAUACCUGAUAAUCUACCAGAUAAUGAGACCAGAAUCAGAAACUCCUGCAGUGCCACCAGGAUCAUCCUGAGAUGUUUCUGUCAUAUGUUUUCAUACAAGGAUUAAAGAUAUUUGGUAUACUGAAAAAAUUAAUCAUGUCACUGUGUACCAUAUCUACUCUUCUCAAACAAGAAUUAACCAUUCCUCUGGUCUGGUCUUAUUAGUGUUUACAACAACUUAAAUUAUGCUAAAAGAAUCAGCUGUUCUUCUUGAGUUGGUCCUGCUAGUUUUACACCAACUGAAGUUGUGCUACAAGAAUCAGUUGUUUUUGAGUUCACCUUUUGUUUUACACCAGUAUCAGCAUACUUUUUUCUUCUAGCCUAGUGUUUUCAGUGCUUACAUCAACUCAAGUUGUCAUAACAGAAUCAACUGUUUCUACUAAGUUAACCCUACCUAGUGUUUAAACCAACUGAAAUUGAACACCUGUUCCUCCUGCACAAGCCCUACCUAAUGCUUACAACAACUAAAGUUGCUGUAACAGAACCAACUGUUCCUCCUGAGUUAGUCCUAGUGUUUACAUCAACUGAAGUUGUCAUACCAGAAUCAACAUAUUAUUCAUCCUGUUCUUAUUUUAACAGUUAUUGUAUUAGCUAAGAUUUGUAAUUUCAAUGACUUUUGCUCUACUUUAUUGUCUUUUCUAUCAUCAUUAUUCAUAAAUUUGAAACUCUUGAAACAUUUUAUAUAGUUGCUCCUGAUGUCAGCUGUGACCAUUACCAUUUAUAAUCUUUCAGUGUGUAACAUUUUGUUUCUCAUUUUGUAAUAAGAGUUAAUUCAGAAUCAGUGGUACUACAUAAGAAAGACUUUAUCUGCCAUAGCCUCUUUUCUUUGAUGCUGGAAUUAAUUGGCUUUCUUUGUAUAUUAUACUAUUGUAUAGUGAUGAUUGAAAGUGAGCUUAAAUUAUUCCAUAUUAGAAAUACAUGAAGAACUGAGCACAAACAAAAGAGAAAGAAAAUAAUUUUUUGAUUGAAGAAAAAUGAAUGUUUUUGUUUGGAGUCUUUUUUGGAUGAUUGAAAAGUUAAUUUUUCUACCUGCUGGGUAGCUAGCAGUGUGUUUCAGUCUCCCAUGAAAUGUAUCAAAGGAUGUGCCAUGUGUUAGAAAUGUUGGGUUUAAAAUUAGAAUAUUUACAGAAAUUAACUUUGUAAAUGGACCCCAUAAAACAGGAGGAAAGGUUGCAUUAAAUCACAAAAGUACAGCAGGUAUAGCUGUAAAAAGUGAUUACAGACCAUUUUGAGAGAGACUAUAACUGCAAGAUGAUAAUCUAAUUUGAGGUGUUGAUAUUUUUUAUUUUAAUGUUGUGUUGACAGCUGCAAACUUUGAAUUUCUCUGUUUAUCAAAUAUAGCAUCUUAUUCACAUUUUUACUUAUUCUAUUUUUCUCUUUGUCUUGUCUAAGAUUUGAGGUAUUUACACAUUAUAUAUUUUCGUAUUUGUAUUGUUUUGCUUUGUUUUUGUUUUUUUUUUAGAAAAAUGUGAAUUUAUUGUAAAUAAGGAUCAGAUGUUGUUGAAAGAGUGUAUUUGUGAGAGAAAUGUUUUUCAGAUUAUUAUGUUAUUAAUUAGGAAGUUGAUAAGAUAAUCUGUCAUAGAAACUGGAUAGAAUAACUUCUACAAGCAAUGUUUUAUAAAAAAUACACAUACAAAAUAUUGAUUAAAAAACUACUUUCAGAAACCAUAGCUAACCAUAGAACCCACCUAUAGCCAACAUUCAAAUGAUUCUUGAUUAAAAAAGUAAUUGUCAAUUGCCACUGAUUAGUGGAGAAUCAAUUUUUAGAUUAGUUUAAAAAACCCAACUUCAGAUAACAUCACUGUUAUGUUAACUAAGGUAUACCUAUAACAUCACACAUCUGUAAAACCCACCUUCAGAUAACAUCGAUGUUAACUAAGGUAUACCUAUAACAUCACACAUCUGUAAAACCCACCUUCAGAUAACAUUACUGUUAUGUUAACUAAGGUAUGCCUAUAACAUCACACAUCUGUAAAACCCACCUUCAGAUAACAUCGCUGUUAUGUUAACUAAGGUAUACCUAUAACAUCACACAUCUGUAAAACCCACCUUCAGAUAACAUUACUGUUAUGUUAACUAAGAUAUACCUAUAACAUCGCACAUCUGUAAAAACCUCUUUCAGAUAACAUUGCUUUUUAAAGAAUCCGGAUACAGGUAACAUUUAGUUUAUAGCAUUGCUUCUUAAAGAAUCCAUAUUUAGGUAACUUUGCUAUUUAAAGAACUUGUAUAUGGAUAACAUUAUUGGUUUAAAAACUUGCAUGUAGAUAAUAUUACUGGUUAAAAAACCAAUCUUGAAACAACUUUGCUAUUUAAAGAACUUAUAUAUGGAUAACAUUAUUGGUUUAAAAACUUGCAUGUAGAUAAUAUUACUGGUUAAAAAAACCAAUCUUGAAACAACUUUGCUAUUUAAAGAACUUAUAUGUGGAUAACAUUACUGGUUUAAAAACUUGCAUGUAGAUAGUGUUACUGGUUAAAGAACCAAACUUGAGAAAACUUAAAAGCCUGUAAAGACAAAGUUAUUGGUUUACAAACACGUAUAAAGAUAACCUUGACAUUUAAAAAGACAAAUUAAAACUACUGUUUAAAGAAUAAAAAAAGUUAAAGAGUAUUGCUAGUUAAAUAAUCUACUUUUAAGUAUUAUUGCUAACUAAAGGACCUACUUUAUACAAUAUAAUUGUGAAAAAUGUAUUUUUAGAUGAUAUUGCUUUAAAAAAAAAAAGAGGAUCUUUAUAUUACAAUGCUGAUUUAAUAACCCCCUUUAAAUUAUCUUUUAGUGGUAAUAGAACCAACUUUUAGAUAAUCAUAUCAAAUGAAUAUUCUCUUGACCGUAACAUAUUUGACUAAAAGAACAAACCUUUAGAUAACUGCCCAAGAUGAGAAAGAUUUCAUUAUUGCUUGAAAACAACCAAAAGAUUUAGCUCACAAUUUUCAGUGAAAAAUUUAGCACAGAGUAUCUGAUUGAAUACGAAGAAAAUGUUUUUAUACUUUCAGUGUUGAUAAGUGAUCCAGGCUUUAAAAAUAAGGUUUUAGGAGUAAUUUUUUGGCUUAUAUACUGCACACUGUUGUUAAGUUUUCUGUCACUGAUUUUACUGUCAGUCAUUAUAGUUCCACAUUAAUAUUAAUUUGGCACUCAUGGAAGAAAGCAGUGCAAUUGAUAAUGUUUACCUAAACUUAUAUGUGAGGAAUUAAAGUGUGAUGUAUAUUUUUAUGUAAAGAAUCUUAAUCUAUUAAGAGUGAUAGAUACAGGCUCUUGAAACUUGGACACAAAACAUUUAAAAAGGGAGUUUAUCCUCAAGUUUAGAGAAGUAGAUGAAAAGUUUCAGGUAUAGAAAUCCAUUUUCUUUAAAAGCUAACUUGUCCAUACUUGUAUCUGCCUUGGAAAACUGAAUGGUACUUAAAAGUUCAUUCAUGUUGCUCAGAGAAAAGAAAAAAAAUACCCAUUGUUGUCCCCAGUCUUUCUUUUAAUGUUGGAUAUUUUGGAAAAAAUGUCCAUUGUUGUGAUGUUGACUAUAAAUUGUAUUUUUUGUGUUCCAAAAUAUGUAAAUAUUUCUGAGGAUAUAGAUACCCAUUUUCUUCCUUACUUUGUUGUGAAUAAAAGAAGAAAAACAAAAGGUUAAAAGCAA